UCAGUGCACAAGUUUGUCAAUAAUUAUUGUUUAUGUUUAAAACGCCGACAGCUUACUGUAUUUUAAUGUGCGUUCCGGAAUUCUAAUCAACAAUACUGGAAAUGGAUGAAACAUUUUCUGUUAAUUUGAAGGAAGUAAAACAGGAUCUUAUACUAGGCAUAAUUGAAUGCAACAAACGCGGAUUGAUACAAAGUGCAAAAUGGCUCUCUGAAUUGAACCAUGGACUAACAGACCUGCAGGUUAAUUUGUGUGGUAAGUCGUUUGAGAAUUUACAUCUCGGUAUCGCAGAAGAUGAGUACGAUGAUUAUGUGUUGGCCAAAAGUUAUUUCGAUGUACGCGAGUACGAUCGAUCUGCGUACUUUACGCGGAACUGUAGGUCAUCAGUUCCCAAAUUUCUUCACAUGUACGCAACCUAUAUGUCCAAGGAAAAGAAGCGGUUGGAUAAUAUGAGCGAUAAUUCGAUAGUAAAUUCUAACAGUCAUGUGAAAGAUUUCUCCGAAUUGUUGGCGUCAUUGCGUGCAGAUCACGGACAGCGAAGACUUGAUGGUUAUUGUCUGUACCUUUACGGAGUCAUUCUAAAGAAGUUGGAUUUGAAUCAAAUGGCUGUGCAAAUCUUUGUGGAAGCUAUUAAUGCGACACCGACAAUGUGGGGCUCUUGGCUGGAACUAGCUCCCCUUAUUACGGAUAAAAAUAUGCUCCAAAAUCUUAAACUGCCGAAUCAUUGGAUGAAGCAAAUAUUCAUAGGUUACACGAAUAUUGAGCUAUUCUUGAAUGACGAAGGUAUUAAAAUAUUUGAAAAUCUUCAAAUCGCCGGUUUCGGAAAAUGUAUAUUUAUACCGACCCAGCUGGCGAUAGCGUUUUCCAACAAACGCGAUGUGGACAAGUCUAUUGAAAUAUUCCAACAUUUGCACGAAGUAGAUCCAUACCGAUUGGACAAUCUGGAUUCGUACUCUAAUUUGUUGUUCGUGAAAGACAUGAAGACUGAAAUGGCACAUCUAGCCCAUAAGGCAGUAGACAUUAAUAAGUACAGUCCGGAAACUUGUUGUGUGGUCGGAAACUAUUACAGCAUUCGAGCCGAUCACCACAAGGCGGUAGUGUAUUUUCAGCGGGCACUGAAAUUGAAUCCCAGAUACCUUUCUGCGUGGACGCUGAUGGGUCACGAAUUUAUGGAAAUGAAAAACACCAACGCUGCCAUUCAAAGUUAUCGACAGGCAGUUGAAGUCAACCGCAGAGAUUUCCGAGCUUGGUACGGUCUUGGUCAGGCAUAUGAAAUCCUCAAGAUGCCAUUUUAUAGUUUGCAUUAUUAUAAAGCAGCCCAACAGCUUCGCCCCUACGACAGUCGCAUGCUGGUAGCAUUAGGUGAAACGUACGAAAAGUUGGAUAAACCUUCCAACGCAUUGAAAUGUUAUCAGAAAGCUUACAACGUUGGCGAUAUUGAAGGUGUCGCACUGUAUAAUUUAGCCCGGCUUUACGAAAAGCAGGAUGAAAUCGAUAAGGCCGUCCCCGCGUUGCUGAGAUUCUGUUCGGAUGAGAAAGCCGUAGCCGACAAAAGUUCUCUUUGUCAUGCCUACAUGACGUUAGGCAAUUUCUACGAAAAGAAAGAACAAUUCGAUAAAGCCUCACAUUUCGCGUAUAAAUGCUUAGAACACGAAGAGACGAAGAAAGAAGCGGAAGCAUUGCUCAAAACUAUUGCCAACAAAAGGUCUCUGAAAGCAGUUACAGCAGCUGUAGUUAAGGAAGACGAAACAGAUCCAACCAGCGAGGGUAAAGGGAAACCUUCCGAUAUGGACUUGGAGGAAAUCGAGAUGGACGAAAGUAGCGUGAGCCGAAUGGUCGAUUUGGUUAUGGCCCAGGACGACAUGUUAGUUGAAAACGAAGAACCAGAGUUUCAGCUGGAACAAGCGGCGGAACUUGAAAAUUCUUCACUGUCCAUCAUCAUGGAGGACGGUCCGAAUGAAUAGAAUAGCAUUCCGUUUGGUGUUUAUAAAAAUUAAAUCCGCUCUUUAAA